AUGAGGAGAGCAUGUCCUGUCGAACGCUUGGUCGAUAAUGAAUCUACUGGGAAUGUAGAACGCUUGAUUGAUAAUGAAUCUAUUGGUAAUGUAGAACGCCUGUCGAUGAAACAGGUGACUCUGUUGGCAAUGCAGAGCGCUCUGAUGCACUGUUUCACUAUAUCCUACAGGAAGGAAAAUCAGCGACAGUACGACUUGAAAGCAUCUACGGAGUCCGACUGCAAAACCUGGAUCGAUGCCAUUCGAGAAGCCAGUUUCAACAAAUUGCUGCUGCAGAAGGAGAAGCUCGAGCAGAAGCAUUUGCACCUGUUGCAGAUAAUUGAGAGCGAGAAGACGGAUAAAUCUCAAUAUGCAAGGCAAUGCGAGGAUUUAGCAUCGGAAGUGAAGAAGCUUCGCUCAGAGUUGCUCGCCAUGAAGGAAAAGCCAAGACUCGCGUCUGUAACCUACGCGGCGAGGCAGUGUGUACAAAGGGCAAUGUCCCAAGGCGGUGGAUCAGGAUCUUUGUUCGGUGACGGCGGCCAAGGAGUUUCAGGUUUUGGGCUGCAGGAUAUCACCGAGGGAUCGUUGGAGAUGCAGAAAAUUAAGAAAGUUCAGAGCUUUUUCAGAGGAUGGCUGUGUCGCAGGCGUUGGAAACAAAUCGUCGAGCAGUACAUCAAGAGCCCUCACGCGGAGAGCAUGAGGAAGCGAAACAGCCUGGUGUUUAAAAUGGUGGAGGCUGAGGAGGAGUACGCAGAACAGAUGGAGAUGCUAGUCACCUGUUUUCUAAGGCCUUUCAAGAUGGCUGCGAGUUCAAAGAAGCCUCCGUGCACUCACGAGGACGUGAAUAGUAUAUUUCUGAACAGCGAGACAGUAUUGUUCCUCCAUCAAAUAUUCCUGAAGGGUCUCACAUCUCGUAUGGAGAGUUGGCCCACGUUAGUUUUAGGUGAUUUGUUCGACAUGCUGCUACCAAUGUUGUCGAUUUAUCAAGAGUUCGUCCGCAAUCACCACUACAGUCUUCAGGUUUUGACUGAGUGCAAGCAAUCACCUUCGUUCGCUGCGUUGCUUACUAGAUUGGAGAACAAACCUGCUUGCGGUGGACGUUCCUUGGAGACAUUUUUAACAUAUCCUAUGAAUCAGGUUCCGAGAUACAUAAUCACUCUGCACGAGCUUCUGGCUCACACUCCAUUCGAUCACGUGGAACGCAAGAGUCUGCAGAACGCGAGACAACAGUUGGAAGAUUUAUCGAAGCAAAUGAAUGACGAGGUGAGCGAAACCGAGAACCUGAGGAAGAAUCUAGCUGUGGAAAGAAUGAUCGUGGAGGGAUGUGACAUUUUACUGGAUGUCAACCAAGUUUUCGUCAGACAGGGUGCACUGAUCCAAAUCUUAGACAAGCCAAGGGGUGCUCGCAGUAGAUUGAGCGCAACAUUCGGAGGGAAAAGUAGCGGUGAUAAAGAAGCAGUCAGACAGUGCUUUCUAUUUUCCAAUCAUUUGUUACUAACAACACGUCAGUCAGACGACGAUGGCCGCUUGAAUCUCGUCCCUCAAGUCGGAAAAAUACCCCUUAAUGAUGCAGUCCUAGUGGAAGACCCCAACGAACAGGGAACAGCGGAUGAUGACGAACUGUCAGUAUGUUCGAUGUCCAGCGGAAUCAGCGAGAGCAGCGGAAGUGGUAGCGGAAGUGCCAGUUCUCAGCUGCAGAACCGUGAUUUUAAGAUUAUAGUCGACUUGAAACCUGGUGGGCCCCAAGCAACGGUGCACCUUGUUGCUCCUACUAUACAGGAAAAGGCUGCCUGGAUCAGCGACAUCAGCCAGUGCAUGGACAACGUGCACGUGAACGAUUACCUUCUUUGCGGCUCGCUGUCAGACACCAGCUCCGUCACGAUGCCACAGUCCAUGAAGAACGACCCGAAGCUGUUCAAAGACGACGUCGACAUUCGAUUCAGCAGGACCCUGAACUCCUGCAAGGUUCCUCACAUUAGAUCGGCCACGCCAGAGCGUCUACUCCAACGUCUGACCGAUUUGCGGUUCCUCAGCAUCGACUUCCUCAACACGUUUUUGUUGACGUAUCGAGUGUUCACCGAUGGCGUCACGGUCCUGGAGGCUCUGAAGAAUGUGUUCUACGAAGCUGAGCCACCUGACGCCGAGAUGCCCACUGGUUCUCUCGAAUCUUUGGACGUAUUAGGAGGAAACGCAGCGGAAACGCACCUGCACACUGACGAUCGACGGAGGUACAGCGUUUCACCGCGAAGGACAAGUGGCGCUAGUUCCGUGUCCGGUUACGGAUCCGAAAUAAGCGACUGCCGCGAUGUAAAAAGUUCCUGUGAUUUCACUGCAGGUGGAUAUACACUCAACCCAAAAGGUUACUGGCGUGGUGGAUAUAAAAAGGUGGACGAGGAAAAGCAACCACGUGUGAUCGCGGAGGCUUUGCCAAUAAUAAAACGCAGUCCUACUAUACAAUCAUCGACAGCGUCCACUGGAUCGUUGUCCCCAGCGACGCCACGGAAGAUCAGCAUCCAAGUGGAUCCGAAUAAGAAGGAAGAAGAGGAUAGUUCUCAUUUGACUAUACCAAAAGUCAUCACUGUUUCAUCGAGUUCUGAAACUCUCACAGAUAAUACGGUAAUAAGUGCACCUUCCUCCCCGAGCAACUUAAGUUCCGUUACGUUGGUCGGAUCGACGGGAUCAGGAUCGAACUCUGGAUCCGAUCGAAGCCCGCAGGAGGGAGGCACCUAUUCCCGUGGAGUCUCUGAAGAGACUGUCACACCUGUUACAACAGAGGCGUCGAAAGAUGAUGUUCAGUUUACCUACGACGACUCGGACCCUGAGACACCUAAAAUAUCGAAAGGAGAGACUUCCGUGAAAACACCACUUACACCACAGCGUAAGGUCCCCCAGAAACCGGAAAAGGAAGCAGAAACCAGCAAGCAGGCGAAAGAGAAGGAGAAGAAAGCUUCAGGGGAGGGUGACACGGGUGUCUCGACUGCACAGCCUCAGUCUCCAAUGAAGAACCAUCAGAGACACUACCAGUCGCAUUAUGCUGAGCACAGACCGUCCAUUGCAUCUGCUCCUGCGGCCACUGCGAGGAGCAGUUCGUUUUCCACGAUAACUGGAGUAUGUAAAAGUUACUGGGUAAGCAGGCGAUCCAUCCAAGAAACAGAAAUGUCCUCCCAGCAAGGGAACUUUCAGCACGAUCAAGUCACCGGCAAAGCGGGAGUAGUGAUAACCAGUUUCCGACAAAGUCAACGAAGCGUUGGACCUGAACCCAUCUGGAGCAGCACGUCGAAGGCUGCCACUGCGUUCGCCAUUGCGACAUCCGCGUCCAGCAAUCCUCCGGACAGAGAGAUCAAUGGAAACAAUCGCAGCGGUUCCUGUCGCGAUAAGAACAGACGAAAGGAAUCGGUGAUGUCAACAGCAGCCACCAUGCGAGUGCUGAACGUACUGAGGCACUGGGUCUCGAAACACGCCCAAGACUUCGAGUCCGAUCAGAGGCUGAAAAAUCUGACGAUCGAGUUCCUGGAGGACAUCGUCUACUGCCCUAAUCUGCUCCCAGCUGAACACAAAGCUGCGAGCCAGCUCCUCAGGCUCAUUACCAAGGAGGAACCUGAGACCAGCAAGGUGGACCUCAAGAAGCUUCUGGCUCCUCCGACAGUACAAAGCAAGGAGAGCAUCGAGACACUAUCUGCCCUUGAGAUCGCUGAACAAAUGACAUAUUUGGAUCACAAGAUCUUCAUAUCCAUUUCUAGCGAAGAACUUCUUGGUCAAGCAUGGAUGAAAACCGACAAGGCGACUCGAGCCCCCCAUAUUAUCCUAAUGACGAAAAGAUUCAACGAAGUCUCCCAGUUGGUCGUUUCGGAAAUCAUUCAACGUUCGAACUUGUCGGCAAGGGUCGCUGCGAUCGAGAAGUGGGCAGCAGUUGCGGACAUCAGCAGGGUUCUGCACAAUUACAAUGGCGUACUACAAAUUUGCGCAGCCUUCACUAACAGUAGUGUCUUCAGACUGAAAAAGACUUGGGAGAAAGUUUCCAAAACGACGAAGCAGACUAUAGAAAGACUUCAGACGAUCGUCUCGUCGGACGGACGCUUCAGGAAUCUGAGGGAAGCCUUGCAUCGGUGUGAUCCGCCCUGUAUCCCUUAUUUAGGAUUGUACCUGACUGAUCUUUCCUUCAUAGAAGAGGGUACGCCAACAAUGACCGAGGACGGCCUUUUGAAUUUUUCAAAAAUGCGUAUGAUUGCUCACGUGAUCCGCGAGAUACGUCACUUCCAGCAAACGCCGUACAAGAUCGAACUAAUAACAAAGGUGUCGAACUACCUGCUGGACCCUUCGUUGCUCCUGAACGAGAAGGACCUGUACCGCAUGUCGCUGGAGAUCGAGCCGAGGACAUCCAGGCUAAGUAGUUCAACCUUAAUUAAUCUGCCAUCCUCCGUGAGCAACACGCCCACGAAAUGAAGAUAAACGUCAGGCUCCACGAAAUGGUAAUCGAUACGUAAUUAUUCCUUGUCCUCAAGCUACUUUCUAGAGUAAGACACCUAGACGCGAAGAAGGUCCAUAUUGAAUUUUGAAUUUCAAUCGUUGCCAAAAAGAAAGAAAAAGGCAAUUAUAGGCUUUAAACACUUUUGACGAGCGCGAGUUAAUCUCCUUGCGAUUAUGGUACACAGAGACGAACGAUAGUUCGAAGCAGAGAAUAUGUCAAGACGAAAAAAGUCGGAAACUUUUGACGUUGAUUAUUCAAUGAUUUUAACGGGGAACGGGGUCAAUGUUACGCUAAUGUUGUAAUCCAGAGCCUAACCUGCAAGUGUAUCCGGUUCAUCGAGUUUCUUUCAAUGUAGAUGUCCAAUGUUUUUCGCGAGUAACAUAGACGACGUCGUUCGGACAUGAGCCAAUGCGUUUUCAACCCCGUCCACUUCUGUUUGUCGUCACAGUAACGUCCGUGCUUCCUACAACUGGACUCGCGAAUCUCAACGCGUCGAAUUCAAGAGUGAAGGGGAAGAGGAAACGUUUACAGACAUGUCGAUCGGUUAGAGCAGGGCUGUGCAACACGAAAGCUUUAGAUCACGGGGCGCGCGCAAACUGGUGGGACUACAAAGAUACGUGUUGGCGUCACUGAGGUUCUCUGAGGCGCCACUGGGUGUUCCUGUGACGCCACUGCACUAUUGGGUGCACUGCACUUCCUGAGGUGCCACUGCGCCUCUCUGAUGCGCCAUUGGGUAUCCCUAAAGCGCCACUGUGCCUCUCUGAUGCGCCACUAGAUGGCCUUGAGGCGCUACUGUGCCUCUGUUGCGUCACUGGGUGUCCCUAAGGUGCCACUGCUCCUCUCGGAGUCGCCACUGUGCCAUUGGGUCCCCGUGAGGCCCCACUGUGCCAUUGGCUCCCUCUGAGGCGCCACUGCCCCUCUGUUGCGCCACUGGGUGUCACUAAGCCGCCACUGGAUGUCCCUAAGGCGCUACUGUUGCCUCACUGGGUGUCCCUAAAGUAACCACUCCACCUCUGUUUCGUCACCGGGUGUCCCUGAGGCGCCACUGAGACUCCCUGAGGCGUCGCUGCGUCUCUGUUUCGUCACCGGGUGUCCCUGAGGCGCCACUGCGGCAUUCAAUCUUCCUGAGGUGCCACUGCGCCUCUGUUGCGCCACUGGGUGUCCCUAAGGCCCUACUGGGACUCCCUGAGGCGCCAGUGUGCCUCUCUAAUGCGCUACUGGGUGUCCUUGAAGCUCCACUGAGCUUCUGUUGCGUCACUGGGAGUUUCUGAGGCGCCACUGUGCCAUUGGGUCUCCUUGAGACGCCACUGCGCUUCUGUUGUGUCACUGGGUGUCCCUAAGGCGCCACUACGCUUCUGUUGCGUCACUGGGUGUCCCUGAGGCGUCACUGGACAUCCGUGUGACACCACUGUGCCUUCGGGUCUCACUGAGGUGGCAAUACGCCUCUCUGAGGCGCCACUGCCCCUCUCUGAAGUGCCACUAGGUCUCCCUGAGGCACCACUGCUCCAUUAGCGUAGCGCCAUCGAAUUUUCAAGUGAGGUCAUUGCAUUUCGCUGUGGUAUACACAUUAUGGAACAUUUCAUAGAACCAUAAAUAACGGUGUUCCCAUUUAAAUGUUGCAACUCUACGGUAGAAUCACUGUUUGUUUACUAUUGGUCAAUUCUCCCUCUGCUGCCACUACAUCUCUCUUUAACGCCACCAGUUUGCCUGCCAACCAUCUACUGAAAGAUUUCUAGGUGCUCAGCCACAAUUAGACCGCACUAAUCUUGAAACAUGAUCGAUUGAAGCUUUGAGAAUUUUCGUUGGAGCGCAGGAUUGUUUUGAGUACCUGCACAGGGGAAAGUGUACAAACGAUACCACGAGAUAUUCUUAUUUAUUUUGUUAUACUGUACUGAUUACUGUUACUGAGAUUGUAGACCUCGUCCAGAGGCGACGUUAAAUGGGUGGACACUAUCGACGAUGACUUUCGACGAUCCACGUUGACGUGGAGGUUAGGUUGAAAGUCGAAGUUGAAGAGAUAUAGAUCGCUGAUUUUCAGUUAACUCAAUAUGAGCAGUAUUACUCAUCGAACGGCAAGUCCAAAUGGGAUACCAAACGAGGCACCGAUUUCGUUGGAGAUUGGAAAUUGUAUUUGACAAUCAGUAGCGUAAUGAGAUGAUGACUUCAGUCAGACCUUAUUCGUGGACGUUCAUUUUCCUCGAGAUUCGGCCGUUUUUAUUCCAACUAAAUUGACUGAUCAUUUCGAAGGAAUGCGUAUUAUUUGUUGAAAAUUAUUAUACGCGUUACCGUGAAAGUGGACGUUUCAGCAACAAAAAGAACGUGUACAAUCGUUAGAUUACCUUUACUGAGACCCCACGUUCACGGUGAUAAUUUGUUACAGUUUGUGAUUCCAGGAAAAGUUUUCUUAUUCUCGUUCGAGAAAGAGUGUAUUUCCAAUCGUACCGUCGUGUAUCUGUGUAAAAGUUUUACUAGUAACGAGAUAUAUGUAAAAUAACAUUGUAUAGCUUGUUAAGAUUGUACAGCUUCUAGUAUACUCUCGACUUCGUUUCGUGUGGAAGGUUCGACUUUACACUGAAAACGCGCAUAUCACCACUGAAUGUGGUCAAUCGUAGAUUGAGAACAUUCGUUUUAAACUUUUUCUUGAUUACGCUAUCGACGUUACUGUCCCAUAACGGUAUUAUCGAGGCCGUUGUUGUGCAUAUCGACGCGUUAAAAUAAGACAAUUAUUAAUUGAACUAAAUGGAUUAUGUAUGUAUCGUCGCGUUACGGGAGCCGUGCGAAUCGUUGCACGUAACACCAACAAAAACAAAGUAUCACCUUCAAUCCGAAUUUCUCUAUACACGGUGACGAGUUUAUUGAAAAGAAGUGCUUGCCAAAUUAAACUGUAACAGUACUCGAAUAAUUAAGAGGGUUGUGUACUUUUAAGCACACGUGAUUCGCUUAAAAAAUGUAAAAUAACCUUCCAUAUUUUUCCCUUGUCAGAUAAUAUAAUACUAUUUGUUACAAAGAUUCGAUCAACUCAGAAAAAAUACUCUUUUUCUUAUAACAAUUUAUUUAACUAUAGAAAAGACAAUGGGACAUCAUUUCUGUUGUUACUUUCCAAAUUAGAGACUCAUAGAUGUGCAAUAUAUUUUUAUAUUCGACUCUGACUUUGUUUAAUUUAUAUUAUUUAAUGAAAUCACAACUUCCAGAUGUGCAUAGCUUUACUACGUUUGCACGUUGAGUCUCGAGAGAAAGAACAUGGCGCGAGGACCACGUGCAGCGUGUUCAGAAAGAUUUUCUGCAAAUGUUUUACGCGAGGAACUUAUCAAAUACGUCAGCGAGCCACUUUUCGACAACCGACGUGUAUAUCUUGAGGUGUAGUCGAGUCAAACUCAAUUGGCUGCUCGAGGUCAUCGAACGGUAACCCCCCACUACGUUGUCCAGCACUCGCUCCGCCCUCAAGGCGCGUCACGUGUCUCUCCCGCGCAGACGCGUCACGCCAGCUUUCAGCGGCUGGUUGAAUUUGAUUCAAUUACAGUCGUAUUUUUAAGUUACUAUUUACCUUGUAUAAAUAUCCGCGACGAAGAAGAAUUACCUAUUGUAAAUACGAAGCGUGUCGCUUCGUAAACCAUGCAUGAACUUUAAUAUUGAUAAAUUCGCCAACUGCGAAUGAAUUUGCUGUUAAAAUGGAAAAACGAUUAAAUGGUCCGUGGAUGAAUAAAUAUAUUCGUCGAUGAUGGAAUUGUUUAUGCAAUCCGUGCAAACGAUUCUGAUUAUAUUACCACAGGAGCACGCGAGCAAUUUUAGUCUACCAAUCAGGAAACUCGCCUGAAAUACUUUUACGUGUCAGGAAUUAAGUACCUGAUUAUGAAGUUCCGAUUUCGUUAUUAAUCGUUUAAAUAAUACAAGUAAGAUUCAUUUACGGAUGCGAAAUAUAAGAAGUGGAAUAAUUAUAUACUAUUGUCUCUGACAAUAAGGAUAUAAAAUAUCUUGAUAACUUGUGUUCAUAUGUAUGGGGCUCUUAUUAAAAGAACAUUUUUAUUCUGAUGAUUUCGGAACGAGGAACAAAUUACUUUGGUGGAGCUUGCCGUGGUUACAAUCAGUACUAUAAUAAAAUUAAAAGUAAUCAUUGUUCUAUCGGCUGUGUAUUCGAGAUUUCUUCGAAAAUAAUUCUACGUGGCAUUAAAAAUGUCAGUCUAGAUCUGUGUGUAAUUAACGUAAUUCCUUCGUAACUUCAAAUACGGGGCAAUCAUGAUAACACAAACAUCUUUUAUUCUUCUAAUACAACACUAGGCGCCAUGAUUACUUCAGCGCACGAUGAACUUAGAAACUAGUGGCGCCACUAGUUCGCGCGCUCCCCGUGCGCUGAAAUAAUCAUGGCGCCCACUUUUACUCUAAUCACACCUGUCACUGAUAUAAAGGACAAUCUCUUUCCCAAAUUAACAAUUGCAAUCACGUGCCAAUUUGUUUUCAAUUAACGAAACGAUUGAAACUGUAGAAAUACUCAAAGUUUUCGCAUAUCCUAAAACGUAUCAAUCAUUUUAAGAUUCGUAUAACCACAUAGAAGAAUAUUUUCUAGUCGAGUGUGUAUGAAAGUUACAUUUAAAGUACGACGUUAAGUGUUUAAAUUGCAACGGAUGCAUUUGGUGAAUUUCUCGGUUAAUUCUAAAUACAACUUUCACUCAAUCUUCCAUAAAACGUAAGGAAUCAAUAUAGAAAUAAUUUCUGUAUAAUCUUGUCGGUAACAGUGGAUAUAAAUUUUACUGACUGUAUAGCUAUAGUAUAUUUAGAAACGACCCCUAUAGAGGAUGGAUAAAACUCUUCAGUUUGAUUGCUUUGAUGUCUUUUUUAAUUCAUAUUUUUAAAAUGUGGUGAAGAAUUAUUAUAAUCUCUUAAAUUCUCUUAAAUUCUUAUUUUAAUAAUUAUUAAAGGAUUAUCAUGUCUUGUGGAAUUUAUUGCACAUUGUGAUAUUGUGUUACUGUAGACUUUUCUUUAUUAUUUAAACAAUAAUACACGUAUACAUAUAGUACAUAACAAUUUAGACUGUUCCAAAUAACCAUUCCAGUUGUUAAUAAAUCUUGACGAGCAAGGAAGAGUUACAUGUAAAUGUAUAAUUGCAAAUAUAUAAAUACAUAAAGUUAAUCAUGUCUGUAAACUAGAAGUCAGAAGACUUGGUGUCACUAUGUUGCAUAAAUGGAGUAGAAAAACAAUAUUGUCGAUAAUUAAAAAUUCUCAAACUAUUCGUAAGUCGUUGGCUAGAGUACUAAGAUUAGAAUGUAACUAUUGAAGGAAUCUAUUUCAUAUACAACCAUAAAUUAGGUACUUACAGAGUAGAGAAAGAGAGCUUUUACUUGUAACAUAUCUGCCAAUUUUAAACCAUUCAUUCAUAUUGCGUUCGAAACAUUUCUUUGCAACGUUGAAACUAAAUAAACAAACAAUAUUUUUGAGAAAACCUAUAUACUAAAACAUUGCAUUUAAUUUGUGUCAGGAUUCUUUUAUAUAUGUAGAUUAUGAGAGGUAUUUCAAAAUGUAAAGUUUGUUGAUAAUUUAAUUAUUUUUUGUUUGUUAAUUCUGUAAAUUUAGCACUGUUGAUUUUAUAUACCAAAACGAUGUCUUUUUCAAUUUAAAUAAAAUACAAAUUUUUCACUUGGCAUUCGAAUCAAGAAAAGUUAAAAUAAAAGUGUUACUGCUAAAUGAUCUUUAAAAAUAUAUUAUUAGGGAGAAGUUGUACAAAUUUAAUAAAGGAGAAUGAAAUGGAAUCGUUUCGAUUCGACGAAGAGGAAUGUAAAAUUCCCGAGCCGUCGAGGCAGGGGCACAGAUGUCGAAUAAUUUUAUCGCCGCGAACUCGCGAGAAUUGCAUUACUCGCCCUGACGAAUUUCCGGUAGCUUGCUGCCGUACAAAAGUUUCAGAGGCAAUCAAAACUUGCGGGAAUACGUGAUCUGUACUGUAACAAAAACACCUGACGCAGCUCAGACCCUUCCGUACAUGUGCGCCGAUAAAGUAGGCCAUGUUUAAAGUUGCAGCCAAUUAUUUUUGAGCGAAUGCAAAAAUGCUAAAUCGACAUGAAUGUUAAUCAACACACAGGCUUGCUCAGCUGUCUUUCCAUCACGUCUAAAGACAAUCAAACGAAUUUCUUUCUUCGAUGUUUCUUUAAAUUUCAGAUGAAUUUUUCUUGGAUAAAGAAAUUGUUGUUAGGGAUGCCUUGACAAAUUUGAACAAAUUUAUCUACCUUGUGCCCUUGACGUCUAUAUUUUGAAAAUAUUUGGAAUGUUUGAAAUAUUUGGAAUGAUACUCUGAUAGUUUAAUAAAUUAUGUAAUAUUAUCCUUUGAUUUCUUUGCAAUAAGCUCGAUAAUCUCAUGGCUGUAGAGUCACAACAGAAAACAACAUUAUAUUGUACAAAGAUUUAAAUUACUUGUCUUACUUGUAGAGCAUACGUAUCUUAAGGAAAGCCAGAAUGAUGUGAUAUUAAUUCAUUUCUAAAGACACUGUACUCAAUCUAGUCAAUUUUUAAAUAGUAGCCCAGAAGUGAGUGCCACGUUCAAGCGCACGGCGAGCGUAGGAAUUAUUGGCGCCACUGUGCCACGUAUUUUCCGUGCUCGCCUCAUGCUGAAAUGACCAUGCUGUCCCCGAAGUACCACUGCGCCUCUGUUGCGUCACUGAGUGUCCCUCCGGGGCCACUGAACAUUCGCGUGACACUAUUGCGCCUUUGGGUCUCUCUGAGGUGCCACUGGGUGUCCCUGAGGCGCCAUUGGGACUCCCUGAAACGCCACUGCGCCUCUGUUAAAUAGUAGUAGUCCAGUAGUGAGCGCCACGUUUCAGCGCACGGCGAGAGUAUGAACUAUCGGCGCUACUGUGCCAUGUAUUUUCCGUGCUCGCCUCACGCUGAAAUGUCCAGACUAUCCAAUGCGAGUUUUAUUUCCUCCAUUAACAAUGAAAGCAAAAAUAUACUGAAGAGUAAUUGAAUACUAAGAGUAACUGAAUAUCAAACUUUAAUAACUGUUAAUGAAAGGUGCAAUAGGACACCCUACAGGGAAAUUAAAUUAGAGUUCAAUGCAAAUAUCAAACACUAAGCGAAGAAUAUUUCACAUUACUCGCUAAUUAUAUACUUUAACGCAAUACAACAUUUCGCAGUAACUUUGAAAAUUUCCGAGCACUGAUUUAUUACAAAUUAAACUCUCUUUUACUACGCAUUCCCAACUCAUCCGUUUCAAAGGGUUUGCCCCGUUUUGCACUGAAUCGUGCACCCUUUUUUUUUUGCCGCACUCACAACUAUGAUCGUUCGCGAUUAUUUAUGAAUAAGCAUCGACGAAAAGAAUUCGCUUCAGACGUUUACGUUACGCAUCGUUAAAUCUUGAAACACUCCGUUGCGGCUCCGAGCUUCGCGGGAAAGUCCGACCAGAUACGGCCAGGCACAAAAGGUACAAACGGAUACACGUUUCGCUUGGCCAAAAAGAAAUUGCAAAACACCGCGGCGAGUGAAUAGGGCAGCGGUGCACACGUGCUUUGGAGCGCGCGCGGCGCGGAAAAGCUGAAACAUGCGAUUCACUUUUAAUGUUUCGAAUCGCCGGUAACUUCAGAAUAUUUCAUCGAGAUGGUGUUUCAAUUUGGGUCGUUAGUUUUCAGGGAUUUUACCAGCGGCAUUCACGGGAACCGAACAAAUCGCGUUCCGUUUGAUAGCGCGAGGUUGAUGGAAAGGGGGAAGUUAUGUUUGGUUUAAACUUCAGCGAGACCGUUUCUAACGAAACAGGAUGCGCGCGAUUUUAUUUUUGAACGUUUCGUAUCCGAUGUUAAGAUAGCGCAGUUUUUGAGGUAACGAGGAAACGGAUAAUCACUGGGUGUUUAUGCAAAUUCAUGUUUUUAGAGGUACGGAAAUGUAAUUGAAACUUGAGGUGAGAGUUGUUUUUUUAUAGGCCACAAAUAUCGGUUUUUUAUGGCAAUGUUUGAAGUUCAUUCAGAGAAAGAGUAUUACAUAUUGAAAUAUGCAACUUACGGGAAAAUUUUUUUUAUUUUCUUAAUUUUUUGGGUAUUUUUUAGCAUCCCUCAAAAGAGGCUUCCUGAUAAAUUUUGAGAUGUUUUUGGUCACUGGUUCAAAAAAUAUAGAAUUUUCAAACUGCUCUUUGUUGGUUUUAUGCUCAAGACUUUCUUAAUAGUGGUCGAAAUUCGAAAAGAACAAAUAAUGUCGAAAUCAAUCUAUAAUAAGUUCAUAAUAAGUAAAGAAAAAGUGUAUAGUGUGAAAAAUCCGUACUGAUAAUAAAUGAUAGUAAGACAAAAAUUUUUUAAUUUCUAAAAAUCGAAAAAAAAAUAGUAAUUAUGGAAGGCCCACCACCGGACCGGGCUUAAAAGUUGCAAGAUGGAUAGAAGUUUAAACUAGAAAAUCUUCAAGAAAAUCGAAGGAUACACACAAUCUUAAAAACACGAUUGAAAACUUAAAAUUCAAAAAUCUCCAGUAAAAACACUUUAAAUAUUUUUUUCUUAUUUUUCUCUGUAAAGGCUAUAUAAAACGAAAGUUUUGAAAACAAAACAAUUGAAUUUCGACCAUUAUCAAGAAAGUUAUGAGUAUAAAACCAAGAAAGAGCGUUUCUUUUUUCAAAAGUUCGAUAUUUGUUGAACCAGUGAUCACAAUUUACCAGGAAGCCUCUUUUCAGGAGUACUAAAAAAUCCAAAAAAAAUUAAGAAAAUCAAAAAAAUAAUUUUUAAACAUAUGUUAUGUAUGAAUAUGUAUGAAUUUUUAUGAAAUUUUACAAUGCAUAAUGAUUAUACUGUUUAUUAUUUAAAAAUAGAUUGUAAUAUACAAUUGACCACCCUGAUCAUUGGUUGUGUCGUGUUUAUGUAAAAUAAAAAACAAAAGGAGAGAUUAAUGUACAUGAAUGUAAUUUUCACCUAUACCACUAUGAACAAUUUAAAUUUACAUUUAACAAAAUGGUGACUCUCAUUUAAAAAAAAAACGACUCCUCCCUUAAAUAAAAGUAUAUCUUCUAAACUGUAUAGCAUGUACAUUAAUAUUUUAUAUUUUGUUGGAUUUGUGCACGUCCAUAUUUUCAUUUGUCAUAAAUGCAUAAACAUCUACAGACUACGAACGUAUACUUAACGGAAUACUUAUUUUUCGUGCACUAAAAGUUGCAUAAGACAUGUAUUCGAAAUCUCUAAUAACGAUAACUAUAGUCAGGGUAAGAGUUUAAGAUUUGCGAAUGUGUGGGUGCGUCUGCGAACGUAUGAGCUCGUGUUUGUGAGGUACAAUGGCGUUCCUUUAGAAUAGUUAACGUAAGCAGAACAAUAUCGAUCACAAAUCAUCAGCUGGUUGUGAGUAAAUGUUAACUAAAUAUCCACCAUUAGAUACCUAACGAAUGGUGUCGACGAUUAAAUCAUGUGCUUUUCGCCAGAGCGAAAGUUAUGAUAAUUUCGGUUACGCAAUUUGCAGGGCAAAUUGUUAAAUAAAACAAAAUGAUAACACAGAGACAACAUAUUCGCUGUAAUUACACGUAGCCUAAGGUAAACAUUUCAAUUUAUUUAUUGAUAAGUAACUGGAUCAUAAUUUUAUGCUUUCUGUAAUUUCCCAAAACGCACGGUAUUUACUAUUCGAUAUCGCGCGCAGCAUAAUGUUAUCGUAAUUCAAAACUGUAAAACAGUGCUCGGAAUUAGUUGUACGUUGCAGACCGAUUCCUGAGGCACCGCCUACUGUAACCCCCACUACCGCUCUAGGCUCGAUGGUCGAGCCGCCGAUCGCGGGCGUGACGCAUCCGUGUGGUUAAAAAUUUCCUUGCGCUGUCAGUAUUUUUUAUUUUCACAGCUAAUUGAAAUUAUUAAUAUUAUGUUUAGGUCUAUAUACAUCUUUUAUAUGUAUAUAUAAUAACAAUAAUGUAUGAUAGAAUAAUUGCAAUUUUGUCAGUAACUUUUAUAUACCAUCUUCAUAUAUGUGUUAUACCAUCCCUUGUAGAAUCGUGCAGACGACCAAGAAGAUCAAAUGAAAAUUAAUACGUUUAUAAUUUUGAUUUCAAUUUUCUUGCCAUAUAUUAUUAUCGAUCUUAUUAAUGUUUCAUGGAAUAGGCCUAUAGAGGAAACCACUUUAAAGAAAAUGCGUAAUAAUGCAUUAAUAAUAGUAACUCUUGGAUGAUAUGAAAAGCUAUUGAUAAAAUUGCCAUUAUUAUAUCAUAAAUUAUUAUUAUUAUAUGUAUAUAUAAUUUAUAGCUUUAACGUAAUAUUAAUAACUUUAAUUAUCUGUGAAAAUUAAAAGUACUGACAGCGCAAGGAAAUUUUUAAUCACGCGGAUGGAACCAGACAUAUCUAUCGUCGGACGUCCCUGAGACAUGCGUCACGCCCGCGAUCGCGGCUCAGUCGUCGAGCCUAGAGUGGUAGUAGGGGUACAGUGGGCGGUGCCUCAGGUGUCGGCUCGAAAUGUGAAACUAAUUCCGAGCACUGCUGUAAAAUAUAGUGCACGCAUUAACGUUUCAAUUUUCACUGUUACCAAUAUGAUUUUCAUCUGAAUUAUUAAACAUCGUUAUGAGCCAGGGCGAUAGCGACGCGCGUGUGAGCCCAGCGAGUGGGAUAGAUUUGAGAAUUGAACCAAUACGAUUAAUUAUUGUGUAUCAAUGGUGCCGAAGGCUGAGGAUAGAUUAGACAAUGCAGACGACUCUGACGUGAAGUCAGAUAGUUGCAGGAAUCGGUAUCUCCCAGUAAAGGGUAACCGUAGGUUAGGGUGUUUGGUUGUUGGUUAUUGGAGACAAAUGCAGACGCCUCGGACGUUAAGUCAGAUAGCUGCAGGAAUCGGUAUCUCCCAGUUAAGGGUAACAGUAGGGUAAGGUUCCAAUUGUGAGAUUGUUGGAAAAAGUGCAGCGACUCUGGCACGAAGUCAGAUAGCUAGCAGGAAUCGGUAUCUCCCAAUAAAGGGUAACCGCAGGAUAGGUUGAAUUAGGGAAUUCGGGUUGAAUACACUGAGCUUAAAUCGUAUCGUUGACGAAUACUACGCGUCGCGGAUAAAGCCUCGCAACUUAUUAAUUUAAUUGAAUAAUAACUCGAGCGGCAAAGUUAUUAUGUUGUGGGAUCGUUACACAGGCUAGGAUUGGUUGUUAUAUCGUGAAGGUUUAGUAAUUGACUUAGGAAACUUUGAAUUUACACGAAAGAAUAUAUAUAUUCAGAAUAACUAUACUAAGUUACAAAUGUGCAGUGUUGUGUUGUCGCGGUCGUGUGUAGUAAACGUUGAAUUUAAUUACCUAAUUGUUGCACGGUGUUAACGCACUGGCGAUGCGGGGGUCGAGUGUGAUUCUAAAUGCCGUAAUAGAUGAAAACCGUCUUCGCGGAUCUAUAAGGUUAACUUGAUCGAAAGGGAAACUGAAGCCCGAUCUCACUAAAGCACACUCUGCAACGAUGGACGUGAUGUGACUCUACGUAACUCUAUCGUUCUAAUCCCUCGAGCAACGAAAAUCGUGGGUUUAUAUACCCCUAAAUGUUGGUGGGGAUCCGUCGGUGAUUUCCAUAUUUGGAAAUCUGACGGUUAGGAUUUUCGUGGCUCUGAGGUGAGCAGCUGCGUUCCCUGGGAAAGGGUAGAUAAGAAGUCUUCCCACGCAACGCAAGUCGAAGAUGAUGUUAAGAGUAUACAGCUGCAGGAUGCACUCCAGGGAGACCGGGCUCCAAAUUCCAGGAGGGUAGAUAAAAUAAAAUUGAUGAACGCGAGCUUCGGAAACAAACAGCGAGUUUCUGUAUACGUAACAAUCGUAUCAAAUGAAUUUUAUUUCCUUGUAGGAAAUAUUACAGUUUCAAUCAAAUUUAAAAAUAUGUGAGGAUAUCGUUUGCAGUGAAUUAUUUUUACCGUGCGAUUGCAAAUGUAAAGUACGAUCCAGUUACUAGCAUUUAAUUUAGUUACAAUAUUCUGUGAAAUAUUAUUAUAAACCACAACGGAAUAUUUUUUACGAUUUCUGUGUAGUAACAAUUUUCGAAUGUUGCAGUGGAACCUUGAUAAUUUCGGAAAAACAAGGCUCGAAAAUUCCUACAAUGAGGAAUAUUAAAAUAACAGUUUUUAUAUUUUCCAAUUUAUUCCACCAAAUAAUUUAUUAAAUCCAGUAAGUGAAAAAUUUAAUUACUCGAAUUGAAUUAAUUAAUCAAUAUAAACGUAACGAAUGGGAUAUUUAUUGAGGUUCUACUGCCGACGUUGAACCCAGCGCAAGGAACUGAUUUAACAUAUCUCUAUCUUCGAUUUCUCCGCUGUUUCGACAUUUCUCUCUCAAGUCUCUCGAAAGUUAAUAAUAAAACUCGAUGUAAGCGUCAAUGACUACUGCGACUGUGAAAAGUGGCUCGUAAAGUUGAAUCAAAGGAAGAAAUAAAAAAAAAAUAAAGUGAUAGUAAUCUUCCUUAACGUGUAUUUGUAAACUCCCUUGUUAUACUGUGUGUUAUCUUUGAUUCAAUCAAGAACUUCAAUGUUGCAUAUGUUUGUAAGCUGAGAAGCGAAUAGGGUCGGGAGCAGAUUACUUUCCUUCAAGAAUCAAUGAAAAAAUAAAAAUGAAAGGCCAACGUCUAUUCAAAUAUGAAUUUGAAGACUAUACCUUAAUCGUUAAUGCUGUCUAUUGUUUAUCAAACAUUUUAUAUCUUCGAUCUGUAUACAUUAAAUAGAAAAUAUUCUUCUGUAACCUGUCACUGUAAUUUUAUUAUAAUUAUCCAUUAAUCAAACUCUUUGCGUCGACGGUUUCAGGAUCGAUGUUAUGGUGCUGUCUCUCAAGAUGUCUCGUUACUUUUCGUCAUGCUAAUUGGAACUAAAAUAAGUUCGAUUUUUCGUACGUCUUUGGAAUUUUCAUUUUGGUAUUUCGCUUCCCUUUCACAGGAAUCAACGGAUGAGAGUAAAAUGCUGUGAAGGUAAGGAAACACGUAAUUGUAGGGUAUUAACAUGUUAAUAGUGCCAUUUUUAUUAAUAGCAGUAAUUUAUAGUAAUUGUUCCAUUGAUUCAAUUUAGACGUUUGUUUAGUAUAAAAUUGUAUAUUGAUGUAGGGUAUUAACAUGUUAAUAGUGCCAUUUUUAUUAAUACCAGUGAUUUAUAGUAAUUGUUCCAUUAAUUCAAUUUACACGUUUCGUUAGUAUAAAAUUAAUGUGGUGUAUUAACAUAUUGUUAACGGUGUAAUUUUUGUUAAUAACAGUAAUUUAAAGUAGCUUUUUUCAUCAAUUUAAUGUAGGUGUUUGUGUAGUAUACAAUUUUAAUCUUUGGAAUGAAUGUAUGUAAUAAACUAAAAGUAAUUUUAAUCCGGCUUUGUUAAAAACGAACUACAAAAGUGUUACGACAAUGGAAGAAACAUAUUUGAUAUUAGGGUGGUUCUUAAACGUGCGAUUUUCGAAUUUUAAUGUUCCUAUGUUCUUUAAUUCUUUGAAAUAACUAGAAGGAAAUUUUUUAAAAAUAUUAACCCUCUAUCUCAAUUCUCAGCACUUAAGAGACCUUUUUGCAUUCGGAUUUUUAUAUUUUAAGAAUGAAAUAACAGAAACAUUAUGAAACGGUAUAUCCUUAAAGGAAAUUGAAUGCUCUCCAAAAAAAGACUCUUGCAGAAAUCUCGUAAGUCUAACCAGUACAAAGUUAUGGCGUGAUAAAGUACAAUUAUAAAAAUUUAAAAAAACAAAUGAGAUUGCUCCCACCAAAAUAAACCCUUUUCCCUAUCAAAACCAAGAUGAUCGCUCUCCUGACGAUCGAGACAUCUUCCUAGCGGUAUCCAAGUCCAUCAAACAGACAAACACCAACACGCAACCUUUCUCUCCAUCUGUAAAUUGCUCCAAAAGACGAAGGUAUCGUUACACCGCCUCGGAUUCGUGUUUCAACGAACCUUACACUCGGUAUCAUCCCCUGGCGGUAUCAUAAUUGCAAACGUCAACCUGAAAACCGUCCAAGACAAACGAAAAGAAGAAGAAACAGAUUUCCUUCGCGCUCGCGUUUAAACGAGUCCGACAACAAUGGAGGCGGAUGGUCGGAUCUUUGAAGAGAGCCCGUCGGAUUAUUGCGCGUCUGUCCUUUCUACCUCGUUCCAUGCGAAACUGGUAUCAACCGAUGGUGACGCGUUACUUUCAAACUUAUUAUAACAAUCCAUUUACCCGCGGCUAGGAGCUCACGGUAUUUUCUCUUAACGAUUUCGCGGUUUCCUGGCCGGGAGCGCUUUUGCGACAGGCCCCGGUUCUUUUCAUCGCGAGCUCCGGAGGCAUUAUCCGCGCAAUGAAAGUCGUAACCUCGACGUCAUCUUUGAAAUUGGUCGCCAUUGGUGCGUGGAAACAGUACUCGUGCUGAGGCAUUAACGCUGAACAAAGUGAUCAUUUUCAAACGUUCGAAUGUAGUUCUUAUAUGCAAUAUAUGAAGGAAGGUUAUGUUUCGUUCCGUGAAAAUAUCGAUCGAAUGAUAGAUGUAUUCGACGUUUUUCGGGCGGCUUCGCGAGAUAUCGUGGCGCGCGUUGCCGUUUUGUUCGAGGCAAACGACUUAAGGGUCGCACAGAUUAUUCUGACGUGACGUGACGUGGGAACAGGCUAUGUGGGCCCACGUCAGCAAUGAGAAAUUGUCAGAAAUAAUGAAUCCUUUGAUAAUUCUGAAUUUAUGGCACUUCGGUUAUUGAGGUCGAAACGGGUAUUAGAGAUUCUAAAAACCAUUCAACGCUAAAGACUCGAAAUACGUUAAAUCUCAAAAAUAACCUUUUCUCGUCCGCAGGCCAAACGUACCAACAAAAUUUCAAUGGUAUGUUCCUUGCGAGGGAACACUUUUUUUUUGCAAUGUCGAAGAGGUAUCGCGGUAGGCGAUGUUAACUACUUCAGACGUGUAGUUGUCCAGUUUGUCAACACCAACCUAGCCGUGCGAGAUUUAAUAACGUUUAACGUUUAAUAACGAUAUUAAACAUUUGUUUACAGUACAAAUAAAGAUCGUGCAUAACAAUAAUAAUACUAAUAAUUUUUCUUAUUAAAAUUCCUUAAGAUCAGAUUUAAUAAUUUUAUUUAUUAUUUCAAUAUGUUUAAUCAUUUCAAGUACAAGAAAAAUUAUGUUUUUGUAUUUAAUAUGCUGCAUUUUAUAUCUAAUCAAAUGCAUGAAAAGCUGACAAGAAUGCAGUUUAAAUAGAAAUUAUUUCAUACUUUUCACUGCAUUUUCUCAUACUUUUAUAACCAAUUAUAUCUAGAGCUGCUCAUAUAAAUUACUGGUCAUAUAAUUUAUAUAAAUUAACUAAAAAUUAUUUUAUACUUUUUAGUGUAGUUUUUGUUUUUUAAAUUAGUUUAUCUCUUAAAAAUGAAAAACAGGUUCCUAGAAAACACUCAAGUCUUCUGACGCCUUCCAACGCUCACGAAAAAUGUAGUAGUUUUGAUGUGCUCCUGACGCGUCAGAACGCACAUUUCGUCAGAUAGCAUCAGCCCACGUCACAUCAGAGUAACGUGAACGUCGCCAUGCAAAACCCUAUAUUAGAUUUUAACCACGCGUCUUAUUCCGUGGGCCCACGUGGGAACACGCGUGUCGCGUCAGAUGGAGUCAGCCCACGUCACGUCAAAUUAAUGUGAACGUCGCCAUGCAAAACCCUAUGUUAGAUUUUCAUAUCACGCGUCUUAUGACGCGGGAUCACGUCACGUCAGAGUAAUCUGUGCGACCCUUUAGAGUAGACUUUUAUUCGUUGUGCGAUGUAACGGUUGCGUCAACCUGUUUUUAUAUAUACUUCUUCAAUUAUAUGUUCUAAAAUAUAUCUUAUGUUCUAAUUUCUAACACGUCUCAUUUAUUCGCCGCCCUCGAUCAUCCCAAGUCCUACAUAUAUAAAUUAUAUUCAAUUGUUCUAUGCGUGAACAAUUUAGUAACACGUGAAAUAUAUUUGUAUACACUUGUAUUCAAUUGUGGAAAGAAUGUUUAAGACUAGUCAUUUGACAAUUACGGUAGUAAUAGGUACAGAGGAAAUAUUGGUAGGUUUAUUAUUGAUCCUUUGAUUUGUCUGAUAAAGUACAUUGUAUUUUGGUGUUUUAAAUAUUUUAUCAAAUAAUGACAUAAAAAAUAUUCAGACCACACUUCCAUUUAACAAUGAAUAUGAUGUACAAUACAUAUAGUAUUAUUAUUAAAUAAAUAACAUAUAUACAAUUUCUUACUGGUUCAUGUAUUAAAGUAUACAGUCAAAUAUAUGUAAGAAAUACAAUAUUGUUUAUGUUAUGGAAUAAAGCUUACUCAUAAAUCGUGUGUAUUUCCCCAAGAUGCUUACUCGUCAAAGCGUUAAAUAAAAAAUUUGUUUUCAGGUUUUAAAUACGCAUCUUAAUUUUAAACAAAGAAUAAUUUUACAAGUAUUGAACUUAAUAUGUAAAUUUUUGUGUUAAGAUACGUUGCAAACCUGUAAGUGAGGAAAGGUGAAAUAACAGGCUGAUAUUAGAAUGCAGUUUUUGGUGCAUUACUAUAAAAAAGUAGAAAACUAUUUCAAUUAUAGUUAGAACAUAAUAACGGAUUUAAAGAAUUCCUUUUUUUCGUGGCGCAAUAAGAAGGCAGCUCCGGUCACUAGAAAAACUGAAAAUGUCGAGCAGGAAGACGAAUGAAUUUUGCACUAA